AUGUUAAUUGCAAAAGAGGGAAAACCAUUUACAGAAGCAGAAUUUGUCCAAAAAUGUGUACUAAGCAUGGCCGGUAAUAUUUGUCCAGAUAUUGUACAUAAGUUUGAAGAAGUCCCAUUAUCUGUUCGUUCAAUAACAAGACGUAUUGAAGAUGUUGGUAACAAUUUAUUAAAUCAACUGAUAAAAAAAACCAAAGCAUUUUAAUAUUUUUCGUUAGCACUUGAUGAAAGUACAGAUAUUGUUGACUCUGCACAGUUAAUUGUAUUUAUUCGAGGAAUUAAUGAAAAGUUUGAACAUUGAAAAAAAAUGAAUUAACACAUUUUCCUAAUUGUAAAAAACUUUUUGGAUCGUCAGAAUUUUCAUUAUUAACAGUUAAAUUUGUUGAAGCUAUUUCGAUACUUCAACAAGAAUUUAAUAAUCGAUUUCAAGAUUUCAAACGACAUUCGCAGUAUUUUCAACUACUCGCCAAUCCGUUUAAUAUUGAUGUGAAGAUAUACCUGUUGAGCUUCAAAUGGAAAUAAUAGAUUUGUAGCCACAAAGUACCUUAAAAGACUCAUUCAAAGCAUCGCCUUUACUUUUUUUCGCUGAACUUCUUGCAUCAUUUUCAAUUCCCCUAUCUCAAAUUAUCAUUACUACAAUGGCUCUAAGUAUGUUUUUUUUUUUUUUUUGAAAUGAGGUUAAUACCAAUCUAAAAAAUCAUACAAAUCAGGAAAUUAAGAAAAUAAUUUUUUGGAAUAUAAAAAGCAAACAGUUUAAUCAAUUACAAUUUAGGAAAGCCUACUCUAAAAGCAAGUUAAGUUCCCAGUUUCCAAGUGUAUUUUUAACUUUGAACUAUAGUACCUUACACAAUAUACUUAUAUUAUUACUUUUCUUUUUAAUACUGACUAGUAAUGUGGAUUUAAUGCUCAUAUUUAAAUUAGGAUUGAUAAUAAUACUAAUGUUACAGAUAAUAUAUUUAUCUUUUUGUUAACCAAAUCAACAAUAGUUACUAUGGACAAGGAUAUAAGUAUAAGCAUAUAUAUAGGGAAACUGGAGAGACUAAGUUUGCCAAAAAUUUUAACAGGCCCUCAAAAUUAUUCUGAGUUAGUUAAUAAUUUGAAAGGAAAUUAUUUAAAACACUGUAAUGUUUGUCUAAUACAUAGGUAGAUAUUUCUAUUAAUUAUGACUUAGUGCCAUUACUGCCAUUUACUGUGCCAUUAAUGAAUGAUAAUAUCUUUUCAAUAUAUCUACCUAUUAUGUACAGGAUGGUCAAUCUAUCGUAAGACACUCAUUAUUUCUGAAAAUAUUAAAAUCGAGCUCUACAAUUUUACGUUUAUGUUAUUUUUAGUCACCCUUAUUUUUGGGACAAUCUAUAUUAAAAAGUCCAUAAAUAGAUUUACUAUUAGUUGAAAUACAUUUUGGUGUUAAAAUUUUUGAUUUCUGUCAAUCUAUUGAUGAGAUAUUCCACUUUAAAGUUUUGUUUAGGGGAGGGUAGUGGAGCAUCAUUUUGGCUCUUGGCAUUUUAAGAAUGCACCACUUCUAUCCCUUGACCUAAACUUUAAAGUAGAAUAUCUCAUCAAUGAAUUGACGGAAAUCAAAAAUUUCAGUAAUACUGUUUAUUUUAACUAUUACUUUAUUUUAUGACAUUUUCAUUAUAAUUUAUCAUUUAAAAAUCAAAAUUAGGUAGUGGUUUUAAAUUAAAAAAUAAAGGUGAUAAAAAAAAUAUAAAUAUAACAUUGUUAGCUUGUUUCUUAAAUGUCCUAUAAAACAAAUUUCUAUACAAGUUAAAACUUUCCAAGAUAAUGAGUGUCUUACUAUAGAUUGAAUAUUUUGUAUAUUGUGACCAUGUACAGUGGUAUGUAGUUAUGUACCAUAUAACAGUGAUUGUAACAUAUCGUACAUAUUAUGUUAUUUUAUAGCAAAAAUGUAUAAUUUGAUGAUAAUAGUGUACUGACCUUAUGCACUUCAUAAUUUUGUUUUAAUUCCAUUUUGUCUAAAAAGAGGCUAUAGUUACCUCAAAUAUUUAGUUCUAGCUACACCUAUAGUACGCCUAGUAUCUAUAAUAUGCCUAGGUAUGUAAAAAUUAUGCAGUUUUACUAAUAUUCUUUAAAAAGUGGACAAAUAAUGGAAAACUUGGAAUUUUUCAAUAUAAAAGAGAAAACAUUUCUAAUCAAACCUCUCUAUCUCACUUGAUAAUCAACUAAUUGAUCUCAAAUUUUAAAUUCAUCUACAACAAAAUAUUCCUAUAAUAAAUAAUCAUCAAUCAAAUGCAGGACUUUUUGCAUUUUAAAAAUAGGACUUUUGGCCAGGUUAAGGUAAAUAUUGGUUUCCACUGUGUGCCUUUUAAAUGUGAUAGAAAUGAUAAUGAUAAUAAAUAUUUUAAAUUUGUUAGUAAUUUUCUUAGCAUUAAAGCUGAUAUUUAUGCAUCUUUAACAAAACAAAUUUAUUCUUAGCUCUCCCAAUAAUAUCAGAUUAUAACAAGUAAUUUGUUCUUGUAUCUCUGCAUAGGUAAGAUCUCUUACAUUGUUAAAUUUGUCAUUGUUUGAAAUUCUGGCAAUUUUUAUAAUUGGAACCUUUUGGACCAAAAAAAAUUUCCACACAGGGGGUCACCCAAAUUAACCCAUGCCAUAGUUAAUGUGUAAAUAUAUUUUUGCUUGAAUUCUCUUUCAAUUUAUAAAACUCAUCACAUUUUUAUAUUUAGACUACAAUUCACUGCCUUUAUAUAGUUGAUACCAUGGUUAAAGUGCCACCAUUAAAAUUAAAUCAAAUCAAUAUACAUUUUAAUAUAAUUCAUGUAAAUAUAUAUAAUUUUUUUACAUUCAAAACUGGUCACACCCAAAUUGAAUUUCCAACAUUUUGUUAAUUUUCCCGGGUUUUCUAUUAGUUAAAAGAACCCCUGGGAAAAUCAAAAAAUAACUUUGAAGUACCACCCCAGUCCAAUUUUCUUUUGGAAAAGGUGCUAAAAUUGAAAAUUUGAGUGAAAUUGUUGGUAGAAAAGUUUCUCACAGAAAAAAAAAUUAACAUUGAAUUCCCUCCGCUCAAAAUCUAAAUAAAAUUAGUAUUAAAAUACAUAAUGUACAAUUUUUUACAUUAUUAUUAAUUUGUCUUAAUUUAUAAUUAUUUAUUAUCAAAAUAUGUGUUUAGGUCAAAUAUUUUAUCUGCGUCUGAUUGUUGUAUUGAUAUUUCGAACUUCAGUAAAAUUAAUGCAGUCAAAAAAAUAAAUGCAGAUAGAAUUUGUAUUUUAAUUGAUGUAGGUGAAUCUACAAAAGAUCUUGUGUAUGAAAUAUUUGCAUUGAAAACAGCUCCAAUUCAAGUUAAAUUACUUGGACAUCAUGGAAAUAGUGGUGCUAUAGAUUAUUUAGUAACAGAUGAACAAUGUUCUCAGUCUAAUUUAGAUUAUUUGUAUACUGAAAAGUUGGCUUACUUGAAUCGAACUGUAUUUUUUGGUGAUCACAAGUUAUUAUUUAAUGACUUACGUCAAAACAGAACAACAAAUAGGAAUAAUUACAAUGGAACCAUGGGUAUAUUUAAAAGGUAUAAUUAAUUUAUGUACAACAUUCAAAUGUUUCCUGGUGAUUAUCUGAAGUGCUAUACAAGACAGAUGUAUAAUCUGCCAGAAGACUAUAGUGUAUUGCUAUUUUGGACAACCUUAUAAAAUAAAUCAAACUACUUCAAAUAUGUGGAUAAUCAUUCUAAGGGAUGUUAAGAAUUCUGUGUUAUGGCUUUUACCGUUUGUUGAGGAUACCGAAAAUAACAUUCAUGAAUAUUUUGAAUUAAAUGGUAUUGAUCCAGUACGAAUAAUUUUCAGCAACAUAGCACUUAAGGCUGAACAUCUGAGAAGAAUUCAGCUGGCUUAUGUAUAUUUAGAUACACCAUUUUACAAUGGUUAUAACAGUUGCUUAGAUGCAUUAUGGGCAGGAACGCCAAUAGUAACAUUAUCUGGAGAUACAUUUGUGGCCCGCAUGACUACUUCACAAUUAACUGUGAUAAACUGUACAGAAUUAAUUGCUUUGACUGAAGUUGACUACACCAAAAUAGCAAUACAACUAGAGAAGCACACCUAUCUAUUGGACCAAAUAAAACAACAAAUAUGGCAAUUGAAAACAACAAGUGUACUGUUUGACUGUAAAUCCUAUUGUAAUGAACUAGAAAAUCUUUACUUAGAUAUGUGGACAAAAUUAUUUUAA